AAGACCGUGGGAUGCGCGUGGCCCGAGGGAAUCUAACGCCCGGCCCUGGAAACUCCCUUUAAAAGAGCACGUGAAUUCACUUUGGAGCCUGUCUGGUGUGAGCGAACAUUACAUCCAGAGGUGAUAAACUCCAUUGUCCCCCUGGCCCAGACUCAGUCACUGAAAUCAAAAUGUCAAGUAUAGAUCCUUAUCAGCGCAUUACGGUGGAACACCAGUAUUCACAUACGUUUACUGUGACAGUUAAGCGAGCCAAGAAUGUCACCAAGGGGGCCUUUGGAGAUAUGCUUGACACUCCUGAUCCCUAUGUGGAGCUCUUCAUCCCAACGGCCCCAGACAGCAGAAAGAGAACGAAACAUAUCAACAACAACGUUAACCCAGAGUGGAAUGAGACCUUUAAGAUCAUUUUGGAUCCCAACCAAGAGAAUAUCCUGGAGAUCACUCUUAUGGAUGCGAAUUAUGUGAUGGAUGAGACGAUUGGCACAGCAACAUUUCCCAUAUCAACUUUGAAAGAGGGAGAGAAGAACAAAGAAGUCUCAUUCAUCAUUAGUAAAGUGACAGAAAUUAUUUUGGAGUUAUCUCUUGACGUUUGCUCUUCGACAGACCUGCGUUUCAGCAUGGCACUGUGUGAUGAAGAGAAGGUUUUCCGAGAGCAACGGAAAAGUAGAAUAAUGCACCAUCUGAACAAGUUCCUGGGGACCGAUUUGACCUCCACGCGUGAUGUACCAGUGAUUGCGAUAUUGGGAUCUGGUGGUGGAUUCCGUGCUACAGUGGGUUUUGCGGGAGUGAUGAAAGCGCUCUAUGAAUCUGGAAUUUUAGACUGUGCAACAUAUAUUGCUGGCUUAUCUGGUUCCACGUGGUACAUGUCAGCAUUGUAUUCACACCCAGAUUUCCCAAUGAAAGGACCAAAGGAGAUAAAUGAAGAGCUGAGGAAAAAUGUCAGCCACAACCCAUUAAAGCUCCUUACGCCUCAGAAAGUCAAGCGAUACAUUGAAGCCUUGUGGCAAAAGAAGAGGUCUGGGCAGCCUGUUACAUUUACAGAUAUUUUUGGAAUGUUGAUUGGAGAAACACUCAUCCAAAAUAAUAUGAACACCACUUUAUCCGAAAUGCAGGAGAAAGUCAACAAGGCACAAUCUGCUCUGCCACUGUUUACAUGCCUCCAUGUUAAGCCUGAUGUAUCAGAACUGAUGUUUGCAGAUUGGGUGGAAUUCAGUCCCUAUGAGAUUGGGAUGGCUAAAUAUGGGACGUUCAUGUCUCCCAAUUUGUUUGGCAGCAAAUUUUUUAUGGGAACAGUAGUGAACAAAUAUAAAGAGAACCCAUUGCAUUUCUUAAUGGGUGUCUGGGGAAGUGCAUUUGCUAUAUUAUUCAACAGAGUCCUUGGAGUUUCCAAUUCUCAAAAUAAAGGGCCCACAAUGGAGGAAGAACUAGAAAAUCUUAGAUUGCGGCAUCUUGUGGGCAAUGAUUCAGACAGCGAUGAUGAGUCUCAGGGCCCAAAAGGCUCAGAAAACCCUAAUGCUGAAAAAGAACAUGAACAGAGCAGCCAGGAAAGCUGGGUCCAGCGUAUGUUUAUGGCUCUGGUAGGCGACAGCGCCCUUUUCACCACCCGGGAAGGGCGUGCAGGCAAAGUACACAAUUUCAUGCUGGGCUUGAAUCUCAACACGUGCUAUCCGCUUUCCCCCCUGGCUGGCCUCAUGACUCAAGAAUCAGUGGACGAAGAUGAAUUGGAUACAGCUGUGGCUGAUCCUGAUGAGUUUGAAAGGAUAUAUGAGCCUUUGGACGUACAGAGCAAAAAGAUUCAUGUUGUGGAUAGCGGACUUACUUUUAAUCUGCCAUAUCCACUUAUCUUAAGACCACAACGAGGGGUUGACCUUAUAAUCUCAUUUGAUUUUUCUGCACGUCCUAGUGAUUCCAGUCCUCCUUUUAAGGAAAUUUUACUUGCAGAAAAAUGGGCCAAAAUGAACAAACUUCCUUUCCCUAAAAUAGACCCAAACGUGUUUGAUCGUGAGGGCUUAAAGGAGUGUUACAUCUUCAAACCCAAGAAUCCUGCUUCUGACAUUGAUUGUCCAACAAUUAUCCACUUUGUUUUAGCCAAUAUCAACUUCAGAGACUACAAAGCACCAGGCAUUCCAAGGGAAACUCAGGAAGAGAAAGAUUUUGCUGACUUUGAUAUUUUCGAUGAUCCCGACACACCAUUCUCCACCUUCAACUUCCAGUAUUCAAAUGAUGCUUUCAAGAGACUGCAUGAUCUGACGGAGUUUAAUACCCUGAACAACUUAGAUAUAAUCAAGGAAGCCAUAGCAGAUAGUAUUGAAUACAGAAGACAGAAUCCUUCACGUUGCUCUGUUUCCCUCAGCAGUGUUGAAGCAAGGAGAUACUUCAAUAAGCCUCAAAGCAAUAACCAUACGUAGGCACAACACAUUGCAUUGCAAGCCUCAUUCCUCAGAACAGAGCAUAAAUGGAUUGGUCAAAAGUCUUUAUUCCAAGGGAAUUGCUGUUUGGGAAUGAAAUAUGACAAAACAAAAGAGGACAA